AUGCAUGAGGAGAAUAAUUCCAGCAAUCCAAGGAUUAGAAUCCACCCACCAACGUCAGCGAACGUUUCUAGAGGAAUGAGCAGGAUUAAGAAUAAGAAAAUUGCACCCCAGCAGCAUGAAGAGAGGAAACAGGUCAAAUAUAGGGGGGGAGGACAGAAUAGAAGCAACAAUAGGAUUAAAUCCCCCGAGGAGUCAAACUACUCCAGGAACGAACACCUCAUUGACCCCUCCCAGAAACGAAAACAAGAGGCCCCCCUAGCUGCCAUAGAGGGGCAGUAUGGAAGACUCCAGGAGGACCCAGGACUAUACCCUGGCGCAAAAUAG